CUUGAGACUUGGGGCCAAGAUGGAUGAGGUAGGAUGAAGGUACUAAAUCCAUGUAUUUGUCCCACGUUGCUUAGAGAAUUGUGUGAAAGUGUCUUACAAGUGUGAGUUUGAACCUUUAUUGUAUGAUGAACCUAGCAUUCGGGUGAAAUCAAGCAUAAACCAAGUCCAAGGAGAUUGCAGUGGUCUUGUAGUCCAGAGUGGAAAAUAUCGUACAAUGACAAGUCCGGGGUCUUACAAUUUGGCUUAUGUUUUUGAAGAACAAUCAUUUCUAAUAGAACCAGUUGGUGGUGGGGCUGGAGUUGAGGAUGUUAGUCCAGCAAAUGAUUUGACCUGUAAUGUUACACAAUGGAGGCUGCCAAGGAAAUCUAUAACAAGUUUAGUGGUUGACUUCAUACUCAAACUAUUAGCAUGGAUAUAUCUUUUACUUCCUCGCUUGGGGAGAUUCUUCGUGAAGACUAAUGUUGACAUGCAAUUGGAGAACCAACUUAAACCUGAGUUGGCAGAUUUGAGUUCUCGUGAACAACCCGAUUCCCGGGAUAAAAAAGAGGACCUACUCCAUCCAUGCUUGCAGAGGCUGCAAAAUUUAGAAGCCUUGGUAUCUGACCUGUUAAAUAAACCAACAAGCAUUCCUCCAGAAAAAGAGAAUAUGUUGCAUGAGUCAUUGGAUCGUAUAAAAUCCAUAGAAUACGAUUUACAGAAGACAAAGAGAGCGCUGCUUGCAACGGCAUCAAAACAAGUGGAGCUUGCUGUCUCACUGGAAUCGUUGAGGGUGAACAGCUUGAAUGAGACAAACACUUGUUGGAUACGAAGCUGCAAGUCUUCUCCACGUGGAACAUGA